AUGGCUCUCGAGAAGGAGGCAAAGCGCAUGGCUGCAGAGUUCGAGUACUCUAAAGAUGAUCUCAAUAGAGGGGUACAGCAUUUCAUGACAGAGAUGAGAGAGGGACUCGGGAAAACAGGAGGUCAUAUCAGUCAAAUUCCUACAUAUGUGACCGCGGUUCCCAAUGGCACUGAAAAAGGAACAUUCUUAGCAGUCGAUCUUGGUGGCACAAACUUUCGCGUUUGCUCGAUUACCUUACACGGCAAUCACACCUUCUCCUUAACUCAGUCAAAGGUAGCAGUUCCUCGAACAUUGAUGGAAACGCAGGUUGCUGCUGAGCUUUUCAGCUUUCUGGCGAAGCAGAUUGAGAAUUUUCUAAAAACUCAUCACAACGACCACUUCGAAACACAUAAAGCCAAACCUGGACAAGUCGCAUAUUUCGACCUAGGCUUCACGUUCAGCUUCCCUGUUGAGCAAGUUGGAAUCAACAAAGGAGCACUGGUUCGAUGGACGAAAGGAUUCUCCAUUCAAGAGGCUAUUGGUAAAGACGUUUGCGAGCUUUUGCAGAAGGAAAUCGAUGCGCUGAAUCUGCCAGUCAAAGUAUCCGCACUGGUCAACGAUACCGUGGGAACUCUGAUGGCCCGCUCGUAUACCUCACCUGGAAAAGAAUCGACACUUAUCGGCGCCAUUUUCGGAACGGGCACCAACGGCGCUUACGUGGAACGACUUUCGAACAUCAAGAAGAUGAAAGAUAUUGACGAGAAACAAGGGGGCGCGAACUAUGACACAACUACAGGUCUUAUGGUCAUCAAUACAGAGUGGGGUAGCUUCGACAAUGCUCUGAAGAUCUUGCCAGACACACCAUAUGAUCGAGCGUUAGACAAGGAGUCCAACAAUCCCGGUAUACAAAUGUUCGAGAAACGAGUGUCUGGCAUGUUCCUUGGUGAGAUCCUUCGAAGGGCCAUGCUAGCUUUACACAACUCCGACAACUCAAAUGCAUCGUUUCUGAAAGAUAAGACUUCCGCUGACAACGAUUUGACCACUACAACCGUGAUCGAGCCAGAUAGUGCGCUGUUUAAACAGUGGGGAAUAGACACGUCUUUCCUGUCGAUAGUGGAGGAGGAUCAGUCUGACCACUUGCGAAUCACAAAGCAAGUGUUGGAGAAGGACUUGGGUAUACAAGCCGCUGCUACUGAAGACGCGAUUGCAAUCAAGAUGCUAGUACAUGCAGUCGGUAAGCGGGCUGCGCGAUUGGCGGCGGUAGCACUGGGUGCGGUCAUUCUCGAGACCAAGAGGCUCGAAACGGAUGGGUUUGUCGACAUAGGAGUCGAUGGAAGUUUGGUCGAGUAUUAUCCUGGAUUCGAAGAUUACAUUAGGGAAGCCUUCAGGGAGACACAAGGUAUUGGUGAGGAAGGUGAAAAGAAGAUCCGUAUUGGCUUGGCCAAGGAUGGCAGUGGUUUGGGCGCUGCGCUGAUUGCAUUGACGGCCCACGAUGCUGAAAAGCCAUAG